AUGUGGGACCCUGCUGAAGAAGAUGCACAACCAGAAGCUGCACACCCGCCACAUCGUCGAAAUGAGACAGGAGAUGGUGAUCCUGAAGAUGAUGUAUCGUUUAUGGCACGGAAUGCAGCGAACUGGAGAAGAGCGUCACAGUCAGCCACUUCGUCGUCGACACUGUCUUCAUCACAGUCAUCUUUUGUUCAGGAGGAUUUGAGAAGAACAGUAGUUUUCACCCUUGACGGUAGAGCAUUUCCCACUUCUCUGCCAUGGAGUGACACGAAUGAACAUCACGCGAUUGUGGCCAGAGAUGGAAACCUUGUCGAAAGUCAAAUUGCACGACUUUGGCAUGUGAUGCAUCGACCUACAGACCUGAGCCGUCUCAACCUUCAGUGCCUCAUACUUCAAAUGAGAAACGAACCCAGGCCGGCAGAAUUUAUGCGGAUUGUCCUGAUCGACAUUGACAUCUACAACACACAAAGCUUCCAACCGUUUGCGAUGCGUCGGCAAGCGAAAUGGUUGCCACGUACCAUCAACAGAAGAUCAGUUUUCCGAUUGCUUGGACUGGACGAACAAUUUCAAGAACAAGAAGAGCAUUGCCACCUCUGGCACAAUCACGCCGUCAUUGAGGCUGAGCAAUGGGACCCAAUGCAUCUUGAUGAUGGCGACUACAUUCAAGUGCACAUUGGAGAGAAGAUUCCAUCGCUGAGCUGCGAUUCUGAUCCAACCGAGGGUCACAACAGAUCCAGUAAUGCAAGCUGGAAUCCCUCGGAUGCAAACAUUGAAGAAGAUGACGUAGAUCUAUUUCAACGCAGCCUCAAACAACUACCACUGACAUGGAAAAAACUCCAGCAGCAACUACAGUCUGUUCAAGUCAAGAUUGCACCUGAACAUCAAAGACAGCCUGCCUCUCUACACAAUCCCAGCAAAAAUGCGCAAGAUGCUCAUCGCCCGCAGAGAUCAGUGCGUUUCCAGCCUGAUGACUUGAAAAUGUUCGGCAGUCUUUUCAGGAAUCAUGCAAUCAUUGAGUGCGAGGAAGAAGGAGCCAUUGCUUAUCUGGAAACAUGGAUGAUCCAUCAUCAAACUAUGAGAACAUGCACGGCGUCGAGAGCAGUGAGGAUCCAAGCUGACUCAGCCACAUGGAUUGACGACAUCAUUGAGCCGUGGGAGGGGGAUCUUGACCCAGACCUUGAAGUUGUCAUACACCUGGUCAACCCGCAACCUCCGUGCACCAACUUGGAAUGCGUGCUGGCCCACUUGAUCCUGGAACAGUCGCAGAGAAGAGAGCACACCAUUGGCAUGAUCUCAGUAGUGCGACAUGGACGUCAUCUACAGAACAUCCGCCAUGCUGCUCAUUCCCUGCCAGACAUGCUGAGUCGUAACUACGCCAUGAGAGCGAGUGAUGUCUUUCAAGAAUGUCAACGUUCACACUGCGGCGUGCGACACGGCCCUAUACCCUUCGGAGUCUAUGACAUCAUUGAAGAGAUCCCGAGGGCCGGCAGUCUUGUUGUUGACAUUCACUACCCUGCCGAGAACAGUGAAGCAGAUGACGCCAUGGAACUCAUGCAACGUUCCGCCAAUCGAUGGCAAAGACACAUACAAGCUCCACAGGAUGGAUCAGAGGCCUCGAGUACAGGUGGUAGUUGUGAGGGUUUCAACUUUAACCCUGAUGCUCCGACCUUUGUUCCGCAAAUGCCCAACAUGAACUCUGUCCCUGAAUCCAUUGAAGAUCUACACCAACACUGGCAGCGAACAGCCUUUGCGUGGGAGGGCGAAUCCGCAUCCACAACAGUGAUGACUUGGUUCGUGGAUCAAUAUUACCCAGGCUAUCGAAUUUGUCUCCAGCCACGUCCAGUGCGCCUUUAUGAAGAUUUUUCGAGCUGGGAAAAUCAACUGAGGAGAGUCUGGCAAGACCGUUCAUUACCUGGGGCGCCCAUCAUGAUCCAGGUCGUGGACCCACAGCCUCCCCAAGUUCAUCCUGAAAUUGCUACCCAUGUUCUCUUAGUACAAAACCCACAAGACACGAUGUCGACGAUGGUCCUCACUGGCAUUGAUGACACUGACGCUCGUCAAACAGUCUUCACGCAGAUAGCAGUGACAACGCACGAAAAUUUCAUGCUAGAUCAGAUACUCAUGCUGAUUGGUAUGGGACAACUUUGCCUGGCGAGCGGAACACCGUACCUCUGCAUUGCAUGGUAUGGAAAUACAGCGAUCCCACUUGGGUCUCCAUUUCCGAUACGUGAUGGAUAUGGCAUCCUCUUAAGGAUUGGGUAUAGACCCAUACAGGCAGUACCAGCCGAUGGAAAUGUACUCCUACAAACUGGGUUUCGCAGUUCCCGCACGCACCUGCCUUCCGAUGGAAGACUGAACGGAACAUGCGAGCGCCUAACAGCUGUUACGGUGGCUCACGAACAGCGGCCGCAUGUCUCCGAUCAUGAAUCGCCACAGGCACCAAGUGGGCCUCUUGACUCUCAACCACUCACACUUUGUCUUGACGAUCUUGUGCCGCAAGAGGUCACACAAGAGGCAAUUACAUUGUGGUAUGAACACCCUCUUAUUUUACAACCACCUUUCAUUGUAGUCAACGGCAGUGCUACAGAACAGGAGGUCGCUCAUGCACUGGAAGAGUGGCAGCUGACCGGCCCUUUCGUUCUUGUACAAUCCCACCAACUUGCAGUCAUUCUGGACCCGGAGCAGCAGGAGCAUCUUUGGAUUUAUCUCCCAGAUGAUCCAAAACAACAAACAGACCAAAUCAUGCUGCGCUCAGACGAGAAGAUGACAUUGCACCAACAUAUGCGGCUGUUGUACAAACACGGCUUUGCCAAGGCAGUUGUCAUGGAAACCAUACAGCGACAACCAUUGGUCACAAUUGUCUUCUUCAAGAAUGUCACUGCGCUACCGCCACAGCAGGAAGGCAAGAAGAGGGAACGUACAGCGUGGCCUGAGAAACAAUCCCAACAGUGCAAUCACACGCAGAUCUUUGACAGCCAGCACAUCGAAGAUCGCACACCUGCGGCCAAUCUAUCGCUUGACAUGCCAAUUGAGGAGCUCCAAGCCUUUUUCAAUCCAGAUAAUCAUCCACUACAUCGAGAUUUGAGUGGCUUUGAGAUUCCUGAGAUCUGCCAGAAGCUCAUUGACAACUGCGUCACACAUACGCACAUUGACCGGCUGAUCAUCUACGCAGACGGAUCAUCUCAAAGCAGAUUCAAGCGCAAACCCCCGCUUUGGGUUGAAGAACAUGACAUCAGUGAUUCAUGGUGCUUCGCAGUCUUUGGUGAAAACUACAGCUCUGACAAGCUCAUGUUCAUUGGUCUUCAGUGUCAACAAGUGCUAUAUGAUGAAGCUGCCCCACACCAUCUUGGCACGACACAUCUAGGUGCAGACGCGGCAGAGUGUGAAGCAAUGUGCUGGGCUGCGUUGUGGAGGCUUGCUCAGAAUCAUAGAAAGCCCACAGUGUUCUUGACUGACUCGCAGCUAACCAGAGGACAAGCCAGUGGAGACAUUGGAACCACCAAAAUCAGUCCACCACUGCGAAUGCUACGAGGACUAUUUCAAGCCCUUCAAGCAGCUCUACCAGAGGAUCAGCUGAAAAUUCAACAUGUCAUGGGACAUGCCGGAGACGCUGGCAAUGAGCUGGUUGAUCACUUUGCGAAGCUUGAGGCCACUCGCAGCCUGCAUCUACCUCGACAAGCCUACGACUCACGACGAUGGGCAAAAGAAGAACGAGAAGAUUGGUGGAUGCACCUCUCAGCCUCGCUUUUUCAGCACGUCCAGUCAGACAAGAUUUUCAUUUUGAUCGACGCCAAUGCCGCGACAGGCCCAAAAGAUGAUCGCCAUGUAUUCCAACAUGAUGACCGCAUCUCUGUCAAUACAAAACUCUUCACAGAGUUCUUGCACACAGCAGAUCUGGCAGUACCUUCCACCGGAGAACGCCAUGCUGGUCCACACCACACAUGGAUCAAUCCCAUUGAUGAGGAGCAGUAUAGGCUCGACUACGUGCUGAUCCGCACAGAUAUGAUGGAAGAAUGCGUUCACUCACAAACGGUCCCGGAGUUUGACCUGGGCAACUAUGGCGAUCAUGUCGCAGUUGCGAUACAAAUGCAAUGGGAGACUGCAUGCACGUCUAGUACACGCUCACAUGGACCAGGCAACAAAGGACCUGCAGUUCAAAGAUCAGCAAUUACACAUCAGACCAUGCACGCUGCACUCAUGGAGUACAUCCCACUGCCUUGGUCGACAGACAUUGAAACACAGGUUCAACACAUGAAUACUUUCAUGCAUAGCAGUCUUCGACGUAGAUGCAGCCGGAAGAGUGCCACUCCGAAGAAGUGUUGUCUUUCUGGAGAAGUUUGGAAUCUUCGCUCACAGCGGCUUCGCACCAAAAAGAAGCUGGUGGAAACACAACAGCAUCUACGCUUUGAGCUGCUCUACACCGUCUUCCUGCGAUGGAAAGACAAGUCAAAGAUGUCUGAUCAGUUCAUGUCGCAGUACCAGGCCACAUUGCUCUGCGGCAAGCUCCGCAUUGUUGCCCAACUCCACCGAUUGGACAGACGCAUGCGGCAAGAACUACAACAAGCAAAAGGCCGAGCACUUGACCAGCACCUUCGAGAGAUGCCGCAUGAUGCUCCCGCCUCUGCUGUUCUACAUGAGAUCAAACAAAUCAUUGGAUCCACCAACUACAAGAAGAAGAAGAGUGCUCCGCUACCAUUGAUCAAUCGGCCUGACGGCACGCCCUGCCGAACGACUCAAGAGGUUCGAGAUCGAUGGAUUCAAUUCUUCCAAACCAUGGAAUGUGGAGAGCGUCUCGAAGAUCCUGCACUUCGCCGCAGAUGGAUUGACAGCCUCUCCCAAUUUCGGAAUGAAGCAAUUCAACUUCGAGACAAACUGGUGAAGGAAGACUUAUUGGAUACGGUACCGACACAGAUGAGGGGCCCUUGUCUCCUCCAACCGCUACCAGAUCCAGUACCAGAACAACCCUUUUUAGGACCAACGUGGAUGGACGACCUCGCCAUCUGCAUUUCUGGACCAGAUGCUGACGAGCUUGAGCGCAAGGCUGCCCUCACAGCCGGCAUCCUCUUGGAGACCUGCAUGGAGCACGGAGUCACUCCGAACCUCUCCAGAGGUAAAACGGAGAUUCUUCUUGCACUACGAGGAAGAGGAUCGAGACGCAGCCGUCGGGCCCACUUCAGCGAGCAGCAAGGACAACAAAUGCAAAUUGUCCAUGAGCAUGGGGUGGCGUCGGUUGCCGUGGUCGGAUCCUACGUUCACCUGUGUGGUAAGGCCCAUCACUCAGGGGAGAACAAGGUUGAGGCGCGCCGAAGAGUCAGCAUCGCCAAUGAGGCCUUCAAUCAACAUCGGCGACAACUUUUCCAAAAUCCUCAGAUCCACUUGGUGCGCAGGAGAGAACUCUUCACCACGCUGGUUUUGAGCAAACUUUGCUAUGGGAUGGAGUCUUGGACAUUCAAAGAUCAACAGCUGGUCAACUUCAUCCAUGGAGCCAUCAUUAGACUCUACAAGCGACUUCUCAAAAUCCCGGCAGAUCAUCACAUGGAUGACUAUGAAGUGCUGGCCAUCAGCCAACUACCAUCGCCGAAGACCCUCUUCAGGCGAGCCAGAUUGCGCUAUCUGCUCACGCUGAUCAAUUGCGAAGAUGCAGUACCUUGGGGUCUUUUGCGACAGGACCAGAUUUGGUGCGCUAUGCUCGCUGAUGAUUUGCAAUGGAUGUGGAAGCAACUCUGCAAUACGAGUGCAUUGCGCAAUCCUGCAGAGCACCCUGAAGAGUGGUUUUAUCUUUUGAGAUUUCACAAGAAGUACUGGAAGACCCUUGUACACAGAGCCACGACGCUGGACAUUAUGAAGAACAGCGACAACUGGCAGCUGCGCACAAUUCACUUCCAGGUCUUCGAUCACCUACAGUCUGCUGGCGAACUUUCAAGUGCCCCACCACGACUGGAGGAACAACCGUGUGAGGGAUUUUUUGGAUGCCUUGCCUGCCGUAAAAAAUGCAGAACAAAAGCCGGUGAAGCAGCACAUAUGUUCCGAUGCCAUGGCAAAGUUGCUGAUUUCAGGUGCUUCAGUGACACCACAUCCUGUCCUGCGUGUCUACGUGAAUAUCAUACUGUGGAUCGUCUACACGCACAUCUUCGACAAGGACGUAGAUGUCAAGAGCGACUGAGAGGUAUGAAAAUGCGACGACCAAUCACACCUGGCAUUGGCUCGCACUUCAAUGACGUCCUGAAGCAGCAACAUGAUGGGCUCCUGCCCUUUCAACAUGCGGCAGGGCCAGAAGCGCGACCAGUCCCUUCAGUUGCAGCAAGCACAUAUGACUUGGUGAUCUACGAGAGCAUCGCCUUGAUUAGCUUUGAACAAGGAUGCAAUGGAAGAGACCAUCUCAGCACACAACUCUUUGCCACAGUCAGAGAACUGGAAACAUCCUGGACCUCUUUGACCAGAACAGUGGACCAACUCUUGGCCGACUUCAACGAUGAGAACUGCGACUUGGCGCAGAUCCAGAAGUCUGUGCUCCAUCGGAUUCUAGACAGCCUCCGUGACCCGAGUAAUUGGCCCUUCAUGACCAAUACGGUGGGAGUGCCCGAAGCCGGACAUCGCGUUGAGCAGCUAGAUACCUACGAAGUUUGGAGCGAAGGCCUUGCACAGGACCACACAGCGGUCCCUUGGCGCCCUCACCAGGAAUCUCCACACCGCCCAUUUGCGGAGAAGAUCAUUCUACACGCAUAUUCGGGGAGGAGGCGACCUGGUGAUGUGCAGUGGUUCCUUGAGGAGUGUGCCACACAACAUCCUGCAGCGAUCCUACACGUCAUAUCGCUUGACAUUGUCAUUGACUCGCACUACGGCAACAUUGGCCGCGCCGAAGUACGAGAACAAUGGUACGCUGGCAUGAGACAAGGAUAUGUAGCAGGUUUUUUGAGUGGGCCACCAUGCUGCACUUGGUCCAAGGCCAGGGGGAAACAAAUCCAGGGAAAGACCACAAUAGGACCCCGAAUCCUUAGGGACGCUGACCAUCUUUGGGGAUUUGAUUCUGUUUCCAUCAAAGAAAUGCUGCAGCUGAUGGACGGCCACCAAUUGCUGGGUUUCAGUGUCAUCGCAAUGACCAUUCUUGCCACUACGGGCGGCGCUGCGAUCCUCGAGCAUCCCGCUGAACCUGAAGAGCCCGAGCUUGCUUCAAUAUGGAAGCUCCCACUUCUUCAGCUUCUGACCCGUUUACCAGGCAUGAGACAUUUGAACAUGGCACAAGGCCUGCUAGGUGCGCCCAGUCCGAAACCAACCGGACUGCUGGUUUUGAAUCUCCCCACAUUGCCACAAUGGCUGGUCCGCUGGGCAGUCUGCCCUGACCCACCAAAGGGACGCAGCAUUGGAACAGACAGCACAGGUGUGUACAGAACGGCGGAACUUAAAGAAUAUCCGCCAGCCAUGUGCGCUGCCAUUGCACGAGCCUUUUCCGAUGCCACGCUGACAGCAAUCCCGAAGGACAUUGCACAGGAUGUACAGCAUGUUCCUCAGGACUUUUUGCACCUCUGCAGUAGCAUGAUUAGCCAUGACUUUGGCGCAGAGUAUGGUCCGGAUUGCGUCACGUGA